CACACACAUAUACGUAUUUAAGCACCUCACUCCGCUCGGCGACUCCGUAUAUACAUACUGUAUAUAUUCUGCGUGUGCAGAGAGCAACGAAAUUUCGCGUGUCUAUAUGGACGUGCUGUUCAUGUGUGCGUGUGCGUGAGCGUAAACUCAUAAUAGCGUGGCGCAGAGCGUCAUUAAAGCGCCGAGAAAGAGAGUGCGAGUGAGCGAGGUACAUAUAAGAUACACACGAGUCAGUCUUGGCGAAAACCUCGCAGCCGCCGCAAUCUGCUUUUCUGCUGCUGCUGCUGCCGCUAUCUCGUAUAUAUAGCUCUGACACAGUGAUUCGAGUGAGGCUCGAGGAGCAGCUCGCGAAGUAUAUCGAAAAAAACGACGCACACGCUAUUUUGGCGGCGGCUGCUACUGCUGCUGCUGCAGUGACUCCCUGAAUUUUCGUCGUUUCCAACGAAACAGUUUUGACUCCGAUACGUAGUACUGUCGAAAAAGAAAAGGGACUUCUCUCUCCUACGUUAAUAAAACAUAUACAACGGUACAUAUACAUAUACGUGUAUCAGUGUGAGACCGAAACAACACACGGCCAGCAGAGCAACAAUGUCCUACGAAACGAAGUACAUCUUCGCGACGCUGCCGCGCACGGCCAGGGGCCAGCCCCUGGUGCUCGGCGGCGAUCCCAAGGGCAAGAACUUCCUCUACACGAACGGCAACAGCGUGAUCAUACGCAACAUCGAUAAUCCGGCGAUCGCCGACAUCUACACGGAGCACUCGUGCCCGGUGAACGUGGCCAAGUACUCGCCCAGCGGCUUCUACAUCGCCUCGGGAGAUCAGUCGGGCAAGGUGCGCAUCUGGGACACGGUCAACAAGGAGCACAUACUGAAGAACGAGUUCCAUCCGAUCGGGGGGCCGAUCAAGGACAUCGCCUGGUCGCCCGACAGCCAGCGCAUGGUCGUGGUGGGCGAGGGACGCGAGCGCUUCGGCCACGUGUUCAUGGCCGAGACCGGCACCUCCGUCGGCGAGAUAUCCGGCCAGAGCAAGCCCAUCAACUCGUGCGACUUCAGGCCCGCGAGGCCCUUCAGGCUCGUCACCGGCAGCGAGGACAACACCAUCGCCGUCUUCGAGGGUCCCCCCUUCAAGUUCAAGAUGACCAAGCAGGAGCACUCGCGCUUCGUGCAGGCGGUCAGAUACUCGCCGUCCGGGCAUCUCUUCGCCUCGGCCGGAUUCGACGGCAAGGUCUAUCUGUACGACGGAACGAGCAGCGAACUGGUCGGCGAGGUGGGCUCGCCCGCUCACCAGGGCGGCGUCUACGGGCUCGCCUGGAAGCCCGACGGCACUCAGCUACUCACCUGCUCCGGGGACAAGACCUGCAAGCUCUGGGACGUCGAGACGAGGACCCUCGUCGACGAGUUCGUCAUGGGCAAUACGGUGGACGAUCAGCAGGUGAGCUGUCUGUGGCAAGGCAAUCACGUGCUGUCCGUGUCGCUCAGCGGAUUCAUCAACUAUCUCGACCUGAACAAUCCGCUGAAGCCGCUGCGCAUAAUCAAGGGCCACAACAAGCCCAUCACAGUAUUAACCACGAGCCUGGACAAGAGCACGAUCUACACGGGCUCGCACGACGGCUACGUGACCAGCUGGAAGUCGGCUACGGGCGAGAACGAUCGCGUCCAAGGCCAGGGCCACGGCAAUCAGAUCAACGGCAUGAAAGCCGGCGCCGAUCUCGUCUACACGGCCGGCAUCGAUGACACACUUCGCACUUUCGACAUAGCCACCAAUUCGUACGAGAACACGCAGGUGCUGAGGCUUGGAUCGCAGCCCAGAGGUUUGGAUAUUUAUAACGGUAUGGUGAUCGUCUCCGCUGUAAAACAGCUCGUGGUCACGAAGGAGGGUAGAAAAUUGUCCGGCUUACCGAUCAAUUACGAUCCGUCUAGCGUCAGUGUCAAUCAAGAGACCGGCGACGUCGCCGUUGGCUCGAAUUCCGAUAACAAGGUGUACGUUUACACUUUGGACGGUAGCAAUUUGACGCCGAAGGUGGAGCUGCAGCAUCAAGGCCCAGUCACCGACGUAUCCUUCAGUCCCGAUAACAAGUAUUUGGUGGCCUGCGACGGCAAUCGCAAAGUUAUUCUGUACGUCGCGCCGGAAUAUAAGACGCUGGCCCACAACAAAGAAUGGGGCUUCCACAGUGCCAGAGUCAACUCUGUAGCUUGGAGUCCAGAGUCGAAUAUGGUUGCCAGUGGAAGUCUGGAUACAACCAUUAUCAUUUGGAGUGUUACUAAUCCCGCGAAACACACAAUCAUCAAAAAUGCUCACUCGCAAAGUCAAAUUACUCAACUUAGAUGGUUGGACGAGGAGACGGUGAUUUCCGUUGGACAAGACUGCAACACGAAAAUAUGGCGCGUAGAAAAAAUCUGAUUGAACUGAGGGGGAGAAAAUCUGUUUUUUGUUCAAUAUUUUUCAAUGAAGAACAGCUCAUCAUUAAUAAUGGAUGCAUUUUAUUUUACUUCAUAGGUAUUUUUGAAUUUAAUCGAGUACUUUAAAUCGAAAUAAUGGCACUGCAUUAUUAAUUUUUAAUGUGACAAUUUAUACAUUAGUCAAAAUUACUAUUGUUUCGAUUCCGUAUUAUUUUCAAUACGUUACGGAUCAAAUAUUUGUUGAUUUUAUUCUACCAUCAUUAUUGUAAAUUAGAAAUGAUUUUUUUUUUCUAAAACGUAUUCAAAAAUAAUUUGGAUUAUA